UAAACUAUGUCUUUAAUUUUUAUGAUUUCUCUGCAGCAAUGGAAGCCGGUGGUCAGACAUACUCUGUUCUCGUGAACACCGAAGUUCGUGAUAAGAUGAUGAAAGAAAUCAAUCUGCUCUCGGAAGUCUUCUCGGUGUCAAAGUCUGAUGCAACCGUGAUCCUAGUCCGUCUCCGUUGGAACUCGUUCAAGGCUUCAGAUCUUCUUGUUGACAACAAGGAUAAGUUUCUGGCGGAGCUAGGGCUUGCUCGAGUUCCUAAUUCCAACUCUUCAGGUCGUGAGACGACGACCCUUCCUGAUGGUGAUGGAGAUUACUUAGUCUCCACGCCUUUUUGCUCACACAAGUUUUCAACAACUUGCUGGAGUGAAUAUCUCAACGAUGCUCUGGUGAAGACCAAGAAGGAGACAGGACUCAUCAUCUCUUGCCUUAGCCAAGGCUGCGUCGCCUCUGUUGGACCCGAUACCAUCGAGAAACUGACUAACCCAGUGAAGGAGAUGUACGAGGGAUGGCUUCUUGAAUCCUACAUGGAGUGCCAUAAGGCAACCAUCCAAUGGUGUCCUGCACCGGGUUGUGAAUACGCCAUACUGCUUAAGAAUGAUACUUAUGAAGUUGAUUUCGGUGUGGUCUGUUUGUGUGGCCACACCUUCUGUUGGAAGUGUGGCCUUGAGUCACACCGCCCGGUGGCCUGCGAGCAAGCAUCAGUUUGGUUGACGGACCUUUUGGAUCAGUCAAGGACCGUUGCUUGGAUCCAUGCAAACACCAAACGUUGUCCCAACUGCAGAAUUCUUGUGCAGAAGAAUGAGGAUCCUGAUUACAAGAUAAUGGACUGUAUCUGCAGUUAUAGAUUCUGUUGGGUCUGCUUACGCACGGCGGAAGAGCAUUACGGGAACUGGAGUUGUGUUCCAGUGGCUGGUCCAGUGGGGGAAACUUUUUCACGUGAACUCAUUCAGAUCUUCCGCCUGAAUCUCUGGGAUGCACGCCAUCAGGAAAUGGAGAAUGCUAAAUCCAAUCAGAGAUUCGUAGAGGAAGACCGCAUUCCGAAACUAGUGGAGAGAUGCGGAGUGAGCGAGCUGGACAUAAGGACACUAAAGGAAGCAGAGAUGCUAAUUGUGCAGUGCAGGCAGGUACUGAAGUGGUGUUGUGUGUUUGGAUACUUCAUGACGGAGGAUUACGGAAGCACGAAGAUGCAUUACCUGGGACACCAACGAGAUCUAGCGAGCAUAAUGGUUUGGAAUCACGAAAUGACUCGACGUUGGGUUAUAGAGAAAGCCCUCGACGAAAGAAACUUCACUUGCUUAAAGCACAAGUUGGAAACAAGUACAACAAACACUGGUAAUCACUUCGAUGGAUUCGUCAAGGAUCUUGAAGAAGGAAUGCCAGAUGUGUAUGUGGAUGGACCCAUCAUUCGCUGGGAAUGCAGUAAGUGCUCGGUUAAAAACAAAGAUGUUGAUAAAGAGUGCCAGUUGUGCUAUGCCCCUCGGGAGUCUCCGGAAUCUUCUCAUGUGCCAGCUCCUGAUGACCUUGGAAAAAUGGAUUGAGACUGAGGUGAUGGAGUAAAAAACAUGUCUUAUCAGUGAUUGAUGAUGCUGCUGGUUUCGUUUUAUGUUUUCUUGUGUCGUUGUUUUGGGUUUUAAGAGUCUCUCCUUUGUUUGUCCUCCAUCAUCGUAUUUGGUUUAAGAGUCUUGUUGCAUUUGUCUUUUUUAAGUCUUUCGUUGUUGUUGUUGUCGUCG